AUGUCCGAUCGAUCACGUACUCGGUUCCUUCAGGUGUAUCAGAAUGCUGAACAUGCUGCACAAGACGAAGCUGAAGCCAAUCCGUUCCCAGUCUACAUUGACGACGAUGAGAACGUUGACGCAUUGCUUGCCCCCUUUUGCCCCACAUCGGCACGACGCGUACUCAAGGCUCUAGAGAUGGCUGGUGUACAGAAAGGAGAUCACUUGAUAGAUCUUGGAUCGGGCGAUGGACGUUUUUGUACGGCUGCUGUUAUGGCUUGUGGGGCUGCAAGUGCACUGGGUAUUGAAACGGAUGAGGCACUCGUUGAUCGAUCGUGGCAACUAGCACGUCAAGCGUUGGGAGAAGAUAAGGCGUCUGCGGCGGCGGAUGGGCUCUCAUGGGAGGAAGUAGAACAUGAACAACGACUUAGGUUUGUGCAAGGCGACUUGUUGUCAUUGGAGACAUUGGUACGCGAUACCCGGUGGACUGUCUUGGUGCUCUUUUUAUUACCGGAUCACACGCACAAGUAUGCGGAUAUGUUGUUGGAGCACUAUCGCCGUGGUGCAAGGAUUAUUAGCUUAGUGUUUGAUCUCAACGAGGUGAUGGGUCUCAACUUGCUUUGUUCAGAUGAUCCAGAAGGGAUUUAUAUCUAUGGACAACAAUAG